AUGUCCAGCUCACCAAACAUAUUCGUCCCCAACCCUCCGGGGCCAGAGAACAAGCCUCUCUUCCUCACAGUCCGCUUCUCCGCAUCGAUACCGGAUCUCCGCCUUGAUAUCGACUUCCCCGAAACCACCACAGCCGCAGGACUCAAGCAAGCAAUCCGCGCCCGUCUCCCGUCAAGUCUAUCCUCUCACCGCCUUCGUCUGAUCUACGCCGGUCGUGGUCUCGAAGACACAACCCCGCUCGCCGUAUCUCUGAAAUUACCACCUCCACCACAUAGAUUCUCAAAGUCCCUAUCAGCCCCAGAUAUCGAUGCUGCGGAGGGUACAGCCGCUAAACCGGACAAGGGCAAAGCGCCCGUCCGCGAACCACCACGGCUCUACGUUCACUGCUCAAUUGGUGAUAUCGUCUUGAGCGCCGCAGACCUCGAAGCUGAAGCUGCAGCUGUUUCAACGCUUCAAAAGGACGAUCAUGACGCUCACGAGUCCAGCGGCGAUAGAACCAACAAGGAAAACUCCCAACAACAGACUCGCCAUGGCCAAGCCUCUUUUUCAACGAUACCCGCGCCCCGUGGAUUCGACCGACUACUCUCAACUGGGUUCACGGCGGCCGAAGUCACAGCCCUUCGGUCUCAGUUCAUGGCUACUCUGUCUGUCUCCCGUACUCUGGAUACGAUGCCCAGCGGAGCAGAGCUUCGCGAGCUCGAAGACAGAUGGUUGGACGAAGGGUCGUCCGCAAUGGCGGUAGGCGGAGCUGGUGCGGGCGGGGAAGGUGUUUCCUUUACUGAUGAUGAUGGUGGCUUUGGGUCGAACUCGAGAGGGGCUAUUGACGACAUGCUUUGGGGAGCGGUGAUGGGGUUCUUUUGGCCUGUUGGCUGUGCGAUGUGGUUGCGCAGGGAGGAGGGCGUUUGGAGCUGGCGGAAUGGGUUGGCGGUGUUUGUAGGUGUUGUGGUGAACAUUGCAUUCGGAGCGAUGCGCAUUAUGGGCUGA